CAUGUUGACAAAACAAUUGUUGCUUGCUCUGAUUUUUGCGGCCAUGAUGGCCCUCAGUUCAGCGCAGACUACAGCAUUGGCCAACAUUGGAACAGGGGGCGCUUUUCUGGCAGGACUAGCACUUCCGUUUAUUUUUAAUCAGUUCCGGCGACCACCUCUUCCUGUGGUAGUUCCGUAUCCGAUACAGACCAACUUCCCACCUCAAUUUUUCAACCCGUACCCUCGAGUACCUUUCCUCCCAGGCGCCCCAGGGUUCUUUGGUUAAAGUGGAAAACCCUUUGAACUUCCUGUCUGCUGUUUUAUUAUUACAUAUUAUAAUAAUUAAUAAAAAAAAACAUUAUUGCACUGAGCCUCUUCAUGUUUUCAUAUUUGUAAAGUUAAAGUAAAAAAAUAAACAUGUGGUUAAAACAAUAUGA